CCAACAGGAUUGAUGCUGUAUAGCUUGGACCCUAGAGAAAAGAUAAUAAUACACUCGAGCAAAGAUUUUCUCCUCCGUGUAUAAUGUGUUUACCUGCCUGGUAGCUAGCUGUACAUCGUUCUUUGUGUCCUUUCCCGUCUCAGUGCUCAUUUCCUUUUGAAUUUAAAUAGAAUUGUUUUACAGUGGUUAUGGCUGGUGACAAGAAAAGCUCUAAAGAAAAAAAGAAAAGGCGAAGGUCUUGCGAAGGUGGAACCCAAGUGGAAAGGAAGAGAAGGUCCGCGGAUGUCAGUCACACUCAGCAAGAAUCUGAUUUUUCUCUGUUACCUGCUGCCAGCAAGGAAGAGGAAGAUGAUGAGCCAAGUGACAUAGAAGAAGGAGGCCUAGACCUAAAUGUUCCUCUUAAACCAAUUAGCUUCUAUAUUUCUGACAAAAAGGAAAUGCUCCAGCAGUGCUUUAGAGUGGUAGGGGAGAGAAAACUGCAGAAAAUGCUUCCUGACUUAUUGAAGGCAUAUUCUACUGAAGAGAUCAAACAGAUGUGCCUGGAACAGUUGGAGUUGCUUUCUGAAAAUAAGCUUCUGAGGAUACUUGAUGGUGAGCAAGGAAAUGAUUCUGCCACAGAGGAGGAAACUGAAGGGCAUGUAAGAAGAUCAGAGCUAAUUACUCCACAAGACAACAAUGUAGAUUCUACUUCUUCUUUAAGGGAUAUUGCUGGGGUGGAAGAAUCGGAUACAAAAACAGGCAGAGGAGAAGACUUCGAUGCCAUCAGUAUAAAUGCUGAUACAUAUGACAGUGACAUAGAAGGGGCAAGUUGCGAGAAUACCGAUGCAUCUGCUGCGGUACCCAUUAAAGCAGCCGAUCAACCUGAUGAUUUAGUGAUGGACAUCGAGAAAAGUGUGAGCGAGAUUUUAGGCUUGGCAGAGCCAUUAUCUGAAGAAAUUCCGCCUGCUGUAGUGAAUGUGCUCCCAGAGGAUGUUCAGCCAUCAGCUCAACAGCUUGAUCUAUUGGAAUUAGAGAUGAGGGCCCGUGCAAUCAAAGCCUUGAUGAAGGCUGGCGAUGUCAAGAAGUCUUAAAACUGUUGUACUUUUAUUUUAGUUUUACAUGCAUUCACUUUAAUGAGAUAUAUCUGUAACUUAUCAAGCAAAAUGUUCUUAAACAGGCCUUCUAGGCACAGCAUUACCAUUACAAGGUUAAAAUCAUUUAUUAAAAUCUUUUUUUAUUAGAAUA